AUAUUUAUAUUGAUAUAGAUAUGGCUUCCCGGUCCCAAUCCAAGCCAUCAUCAGCACCACCACCACCAUCACCGCGGUCAAAGACGGAGGCUUUGGAUGUUCCCCUUCAUGAAAUUGGGUUCGAGAUUGAAGAGGUAACCCCAAAAAAGGUCUCCGGUCACCUCCAUGUCACCCAAAAGUGCUGUCAGCCUUUCAAGGUGUUGCAUGGAGGGGUAUCAGCUCUCAUAGCUGAGUCUCUGGCUAGCAUAGGAGCCCACCUGGCCUCUGGUUUUCAAAGGGUGGCUGGGAUUCACCUCAGCAUCAACCAUUUGAAGCGUGCUGAGCUUGGUGACCGUAUCUUCGCUGAAGCCACGCCUGUCAAUCUUGGCAAAACCAUUCAGGUUUGGGAGGUGAGACUGUGGAAGAUUAAUCCUUCAAACUCAGACAUCAAAUCCAUAGUAUCAUCAUCCAGAGUUACUCUUUUAUGCAACAUGCCUGUGCCAGAGCAUGCAAAAGAUGCCGGUGAUGCUGUAAAGAAGUAUGCCAAAUUAUAAGUUUUGUUGUACCCUAUUCAUGUUCAACUCUUUUUGUUAUUGAACCAAUGGAGAAAUUAAAGACACUUUGAUUUUAGCAUUAUAAC